AACAUUGUUUAUAAUGUUGGGAUAAGGACGAUACAAUAAUUACGAAUCGUUUGAUCGGAUCAGUUGGCGGAAUCUUAUUGGCAGAACAUUGACUUUCGUGUUUUUCAGAGAAGAACAGUUUAUAAAACAUUAGCAAUAUGUAUUGGAAAGCAAUUGUGGUAUUCCUUAUAUUACUUUGUAUAAUUGCAUAUAAUUAUCAUAAUUCAGCAAAAGUAUAUCCAUCGAUAAAUAAUUAUAUUUCCAAUGGGUUGCCGGAAUUAACGACACUUUCUCCGGUGUCGUUAGAAAACUCUAACGACAAUUUAAUGACGUCGAACGAGGGAACAAGAGAAGGUGGAUACAAGGAAGAGAAGGAUGGGAAACGAUAUAAAAAUAAGAACGUGAUUCUACACGGGGACAAUUUGAAUUCACAAUUAUGCCGUCGAGAAAUUUCUACGUCUUCUUUCAACGCGUUGCCCGAUUCCGCGAAAGUGGGGAAAAUAUUGUCCCGCUUGAUUAAAAAGGAAACGCGCGACAAUUAUUUUAAGGUGAAGAGAAGUGUAGCAACGAAAUUACAGAAAAAGGCGAAUGUGUUGGGACGCCUCUUGAUAGAGAGCCGUGCGUCGAAUAAAACUGACGAACACGAUUACGACAACGAUCUAGACGACGAUCGUUUAAGACGCGUGGAUAAUGGGAAAAUUAAUUGGGAUGCAUUUUUAAACGAGGAUGGGCCAAGUAUCAUGGAGUUAAUUGUUUUGAACGAAAGGCAUAGGAAAAAGUUUUAUCCCAAUUUGUAUGCCCACGAUGACGAAUAUAAUUACUAAUAUAAUCAUACGACUUUUAUAAUCUUA